UACACAAUAUAUAUAAUUAAAUUGCAAAAAAGGUAAGAUAAAAGCCUCAAGCAAUUCUACAAGUAUAGUCUUUUUGUGCAGUUGCGAUUAGUUGCAUUCUGCUAUAUAAUAAUUCCGAUAAUCAAGGCUAAUGUGACAUACACUUGAAAAUUGUUGUUUAAGAACACACGUUCGAGCGCAAAAAAGUGGGAGAAUACGUUUUGAUGAUGGGUGCAGUAUAAAGCUACGGAGGUACGAUCGGAAGAUCGUAGUCGGUUUUGCUCUUUACUCCCGUGUCUUCUUCACCGGGAGAUUUACACAGUGUCUUCUUCACUAAAAGAUUCAUUCACAAAAUGGUGUCGUCUUCACUUCAGAAGAAAAGGGUCUCCGUCGUCUCUCUUUCGGAGAGAAUGAAAGUCCCAUCGAACAAACCAAAAGCAUUGUUCGGAUGCAGACACAAACAAGUGUUGCUCAUGUGCAUGGGUUUUUUUUGUUGUUAUGCCAUCCGCGUAACGACGUCGGUGACUUUGGAGGCGAUGACUAACGCAGCCAAUGCCAAUAGUGAUUUCGAGGAGUUUGAUUGGGAAUUGUCAGUGAAACAGCUGAUCCUCAGCUCCUUCUUCUGGGGUUACACCUGCACACAAAUAUCCGCUAGUAUUCUCAUUCAACGAUGGAGCGCUCACAAAUUGUUCUCGGCAACGCUGGUCCUCUGCGGCUUGCUGACUCUCAGCACUCCCAUUGGCGCUCAUUACGGCAGCUGGGAGACAAUGAUUGCCAUCAGAGUGAUAUGUGGCCUCAUUCAGGGUUCCGUGUUACCGUGUCUACACACCCUGUUGUCUAGAUGGUCACCGCCAGACGAGCGUGGCAGAUUUUCGUCAUUUGUUUAUUCUGGUGGAUGGAUUGGUAACGUAGUAUGUUUACUGACUAGCGGCUUUUUCGCGGCAUCGCCUAUCGGCUGGCCCGGUGUUUUUUAUGUUUGGGGCAGUAUCAGUGGUCUCUGUGGUAUCGUUUUCUAUUUGUUUGGAAAAGAUUCACCCUCCGAACAUCCCGGCAUACCUCUCGAUGAAAAGGAAUACAUCGAGAUCAGUCUGGGAAUUACCGAAGUCACUGAGAAACUCACCACUCCGUGGAAGUCUAUGUUACGAAGUGUACCGGUCUGGGCGCUGUUAAUAGUGCAGAGCGUGCAAGGCUGGGGAUUCUGGAUGUUGUUGACUGAAAUCCCAAUCUACAUGACGUCGAUCAUGCGCUUCGACAUCAAACAGAAUGGACUGAUGACCUCGUUGCCUUAUUUGACGGCGUGGAUUGUCAGUUUUCCAGUGAGUUAUGUGUCAGAUUUAAUUAUCAAGAGAAACAUCGUGAAAACGGAGACGUGCAGGAAAAUCUGCAACACGCUCGGCCAUUGGAUCCCAGCGGCUGCGUUAAUUGGAGUGAGCUUUGCGAGACAAGACCAGCCUGAAUUGGUCGUGGGCCUCCUUAUUCUUGCUGUGUCCUCCAACGUUGCAAUUUUCUGUGGUCACAACGUUAAUCACAUGGAGCUCAGUCCGAAUUUUGCCGGUGUGCUCAUGGGAUUCACAAAUACUUUCGCAUCGUGUUGCACCAUUUUCGCCCCGCUGAUCGCUAGUGUAAUCGUCAAAGAUUCGACUGACAUUCUGCAGUGGCAAAUUAUGUUUUGUUUAUCGGCUGGAAUAUAUACAAUAGGUAAUCUAAUUUUUGUUAUAUUUGGUACCAGCAAAGUGCAAAAAUGGAAUGAUCCGGUUGCGAGCAGACAAGACAGUGUUGUGCGAAAAGAGAGACCAAUAAACAUCGCGACAGUAGAGGAGGAAAAGAACAUUGAAAAAAUGCCAUGACAUUCUAUGUAAAAUAGAACAAUUCCAUAUUUAUUCUUUUUUUCUUGUCUUCCACAAGUUGUAUGUUUAUUUUCAACUGUGUGGAUGUGUGACAUGCGUGAUCUCUUGAACGACCUAGAACAUUGAUAUUAAAAAAAAAAAAAAAACAAAUAUCCUUAAACUUUAUAUCUUAAAGUGCAACUUCCAAGACUAGAAAAUAUAUACAAAUAUCAUAAGUUUAAAAAAGUAAAAUAAGUAUAAAUAAAAAAAUUUGUAUAGUGCAAG